GAAAAAAAAAGAGAAAAAGAAAAGUGUCUUUUGUACGGUAUCACUUUUUGUAAUACUGCUGGACAAAAUAUGAUUAUGUAAUCGGUAAUUCAUAAUGAAAUAUGAUUUUAAUAUAAAUAUUUCAUAUCGUAAUAAAUUGACAUAUUUUACAUCGAAAUAAACAUUCCUCCCUUUCAUUAAUUAAUUUUAUGUUUGCUGAAAAUAGAAUAAAAGAAAUGUUUUUAUUGAGAUCUGCAUCCGCGCUCUUGACGAUUCCACAUGGGAGGAAACUUUCUCGCUGGUCAGAGAAGUUUUUUCCAUUGGAGCGAGAGGGGGAGGGGGGGAGGGAGAACUUUUCUACGGUGGUGGGAUCAAGAAGUUUCGGUGACGCCGAAAAAUUUCGAGGAGGCGCGAAAGUGCGCGCAAAAUUUCGCGCAUUUUACGUCGCGCGAAUGCAUAUGGACGUCGCGUACGGUGUCGUUGCGUCACGAAAAUAAAAUGUGUGCGCGGCGCACGAAUGCUCGUCGUGGCUUCUAGUUUACAGGUUGCUCCGACUCCCGCGCUCCCGGAGAUUAACGUCACGUGCGAUCGCCACGUGCCGCCGUCGCCGCCGUCACCGUCGCCGCCGCCGUCACCUCUGCCGCCGUCGCCGUCGCUGCCGCUCGCGAAUUCGAGACGAAGUUGCCAAGUGAAGUCGCGGCGAAGUCUUGCGAUGAAAACUGGAGUGCUCCUUGUAUUCGCGAGUAUCCUCGCCACUAGCUGCUCCAACAGUGGUGAUCCCGAUCUGGGCACGAUUGUUUUCGCGAACAUUCUUUACAGACAUGGAGAUAGGACUCCCGUUGCACCUUACAAAAAUGAUCCUUACAAAAACGAAACAGCCUGGCCAGUUCCAUAUGGACAAUUAACGAAUCUUGGGAAGCAUCAACACCUUCUUCUUGGACGCUGGCUAAGGAAACGGUAUUCUCAUUUCCUAAGCGAUGUCUACACGCCGUAUGACAUCUACGUUCAGAGUACGGAUGUGGAUCGCACGCUGAUGUCGGCCGAGGCGAAUCUCGCGGGUCUCUAUCCACCAGUGAAGAAUCAAGUGUGGGACAACAUUAAGUGGAUGCCGAUUCCGGUGCACACUGUACCGGAGAAGGAAGACUAUGUGCUAAGGGCCUCCAAACGCUGUCCGCGAUAUGACUAUGAGCUGGAGAAGGUCAUGACGUCACCAGAAAUGGAACGUGUGAGAAAAGCGAACGCGAAGCUGUAUGCCUAUUUAACCGAACACACUGGGGAUAACAUAUUUUCGUUGAAAACAGCCGAACAUCUAUACGAUGUUUUAUAUAUAGAGAGAUUAUAUAACAAAACUCUACCGCAAUGGACAGAGUCGGUAUUCCCAGAGAAACUGAAACCUCUGGCUAUACUUAGUUUUAUGACAGAGAGCUAUAACAAGAUACUUCAAAGAUUAAAGUCAGGUCCAUUGCUUGGAGAAAUGAUAGAUCACAUGAUUAAAAAAACGCAACACGCUUUGCAACCUGACAGAAAAAUAUGGAUGUACAGCGCUCAUGAUGAGACCGUGGCAAAUAUGCUUAUGACUCUGAAUCUAUUCGAACCUCACUGUCCACCUUAUACCGCUACGAUUCUCAUAGAAUUAAGGACAAACUCAGAAAAUCAAUAUUUUGUAACAGUACGAAUUUUGUGUAAUUCGAACGUUUCUUAUAAAAACACGACAGAGGAAUCGAUCCUUAUGACAUUACCGGGCUGCGUUACGUUAUGCCCUUUAAAUGAUUUCAUUAAUUUAACAAGGAAUGCUAUACCUGAGGAUUGGGAAAAAGAAUGUUUAAUAGGCUGGAAUGAUAUAAGUUCUAGCGAUAUUAUUGCAAUCCUGACGUCGUUCAUAUUAAUGUUAGUUUUAUUAGUCCUAAUUGUAAUUGGCUUUAUGUACUGGCGUCAUAAAAGAGAACACAGACAGUAUUACUUCCGUUUAUCGUACAACGGCUAUAAUGAUGCCAUGUAAUUUAAAAAUAAUUAAGGAUAUUUGUCAAAAAAAAUGGCAAAUAUGUAUGUAAGUGCGUAAGUGUGUGUGUUUGGAAAAGUAUUAAAAAGUAUAAUCAAUCAUUGAUUAUUAA